GGGUGAUAUGGUGAACAUUUUAAGCCAACAGUUAUAAACCUAAUAGAUAUAUAAAGCUGGCUACCUUCCUUUUCUUGCCUGUGGCGUUCGCUUUCAUUUUCUCUCUUGGAAGAAGCCUUUUCUACUACUGUUUCAACUUCUCAUCACUAAGAGAGCAAGAAACCCUUUUUGGGUUCUGAUAUAUAUAUAUAUAUGUAUGUAUGCGUAACCAGCAUAUAUAUAUACAUAUAUAGAAAUGGCAUUUAGAGAGUUCACUAUAAGAAGGUACAACGGCCAAAGGGAUAGAGCUGCAGUGGAAGAUCUUGAAAGAAGAUGCGAAGUAGGGCCAGCCAAGCAUGUGUUCUUGUUCACAGAUUCUCUUGGUGACCCCAUUUGCAGAAUCCGAAACAGUCCCCUUUACAAGAUGCUGGUGGCUGAAUUGGAAAAUGAGCUUGUAGGUGUAAUUCAAGGCUCUAUAAAGAUUGUCACUCUUCACAAAGGCCUGGCCAAGGUUGGUUAUUUGUUAGGCUUAAGAGUCUGCCCUUUUCAUCGCCGGAAAGGGAUUGCUUCAAGCUUGGUUCACCAUUUGGAAGAAUGGUUUGUUGCUAAUCAAGUAGAUUAUGUUUAUAUGGCCACUGAGAAACACAACCGAGCCUCGGUUAAUCUCUUCAUGAACAAGCUAGGGUUUGUCAAGUUCAGGACUCCAUCAAUCCUGGUGCAACCAGUGAUUCACAAUUUUUCUUUCCAUUUACGGCCCAAGAUUGAGAUUUUGAAGCUCAAGAUAGAGCAGGCUGAGUUUCUGUACAAAAAGUUCAUGGCUUCAAGCACUGAGUUUUUCCCUCUUGACAUAGACAAAGUGCUUGGAAACAAGCUGAGCUUGGGGACAUGGGUGGCCUAUCGGCGAGGCGAGUCGCCGGGUGACCAAUUUGGGGGAGGAGGAGAGGUUCCAAAGAGCUGGGCAAUGCUUAGUGUUUGGAACAGUGGAGAGAUUUUCAAGCUGAGGAUGGGGAAAUCAACGCUGCCUUGCUUCUCAUAUGAAAUGUCCUCAAGAUUCAUCACUAGGGUUUUCCCAUGCUUGAAAGUCAUGCCUCAACUGCCUGAUUUCUUUGACCUUUUCGGAUUCUACUUCAUCUAUGGGGUGCACCAUCAGGGUCCAUUGUCCGGCAAGCUGGUCCGGACCCUCUGCAAGUUUGUGCACAAUAUGGCUAGGAAUUCCCAGGAGGACUGCAUUAAGGUUAUAGUCACAGAAGUUGGAGAUGGUGAUCGCGGGCUGAAGCUUCACAUCCCCCAUUGGAAGUUACUCUCUUACCCGGACGACUUGUGGUGCAUAAAGGCCUUGAAGAAUGAAGACAAGACAGCCCUACAUGAAUUGACUACAACCCCACCAAGAAGAGCCCUUUUUUUAGAUCCCAGAGACGUAUGAAUUCGCAGUCAUUAACUUUUCUGUGUGUACUGGGUAAGUACACUAACUCAGAAAUCAUACAUAAUAAUAAAUUUAAGCACAAAACAUAAAAAUAUGUAAGUAUAUAUAGACUCACCUUAGCUAUAAAGAGAUUUAAAUUAUAAUGACAAAAAAUCUCAUUAUAAAUAGUCCCUUGUCAAUAGAUGUAAAAAUUAUAUGGUGAAAUUGAUCUUUAUAUUCCUAUCUAUCAAAUAUGGGGCCGAGGCAUUAAAAUUAUAGCUUCCAAGAGAUGGUUUCCAUAAAUGGGUGCCCCCCCAUGGUGGUGACUUUGUUGGUACUCAACACCAUUUAAUUUGCUUUCGGUUUGAGAAUUGGACUGAUCAAUGACGUGGGGUUGUAGGACGAGUGGUCCAUGCAUAUAUACAUCUUAUUGAUCUUGUCCCAUCUGUGCGCGCGCUCAGGGCUGGAGAAACCUAACCAGCUGGCCUCUCUUGCACCAUCGUCCCGUCGCGUCGAGAUCAAUCACCUGACUCUCAAACACUGUAACAAUAAAUAUAAAACUGUUUUUAAGUACUACUAUAAAAGUAAUUAGCUAGGUAUUCAAUUUGAUAUUACUGAAAUCAGUCCGAUUCUAGCUGUUUGCAUCUCUCUGUAAACGGCGUCUAUGGCAUAUUUUAAUUAAGGGUUGGGACUGUGUGUGUGUGUGUGCGUGCAUGGGUGCGUAUGUGUUUUCUUUAAUCUUGGUCUGAUUUCACUUUCCAUGGCCUUAAAGUUGAUUAAUACACAUGUAAUGGCCCUUGUCACGGGUUGAUCAGUUAAGUAAUUAGACAAGCAUCAGCGGCUAUGCUUGUGUCCUCUCUUACCAUAUAGCUAGCAUCUCUCUCUCUCUCUCUCUGCAUAUAU